ACCCCUUUUGUUUUGGUCCCUUUUUGUCUUUUCACUUCCAUCCCUACCAGGCUCCCAUCUUCUCUUUCCGCAACAUCAAAUAAAAAAUUUGAUACCAGCUCAAAGAAGGAAAAUUUCGAUCACCAAUUUGAAGAAAGAUUUUGUUUGCAUUGGAGACGUUUCGUUGUUGGUUUUAAUCAUUUAAAGUUAAAGAAGAGAGAUUUUUUCUUUUCUAUGUUCCUUUCUGUUUGCUAAUUGUAUGAUAAACGGGACUUCUGUUUAAGCGAGGAAGUUUCAAAGUUGGGUUGUUCACAAUAUUACUAUAUAUAAAGGAUUUUGCUAUGUUUUCUUUUUAGAAAGAGUGUGUGACGAUUAGAGGGAAGGAUCAAUUGUCAUAUCGUUUCUGUUUACUUGAGAUUUACGUAAACAAAACAAUGGAGAGGUGACGAAGGCGACAGACUCGUACGAUAUCUCGUGACCUUUUUCUUGUGUUUCCUUUCUAGAUGGAAGCUGUGAAGCCAUCGGCUGUUACUCCAUCAAAGAGUAAAUGGGUUCGGACCUUAUCCAAAGUUCUUCACCUGCAUGCUGCUGGAGCUGGGAUUGUCCCUGAUGAUGGGGUUCAGAAGGAGCCUAAAGAAGCCGAUGAGUGGAAUGACGGUAAGACGACCAAGAGAUUAUCUCAGAAAUUUGACAGAUUACAUAAUGAAGAGCUUGAAAGAAGGGUUGCCUCGGAAGCGCUUAUUGCAAAGAUCUUUGCUACCAUUUCAGCAAUUAAGGCCGGAUAUGCUCAGUUGCAGCACGCUCAGUCUCCUUAUGAUGCUGAGGGGAUUCAAACUGCUGAUCGAUUGAUAGUUUCUGACUUGAAGAAAUUGUCAGAAUUGAAGCAAUGCUUCUUGAAGAAACAGUAUGAUCCUUCCCCAGAACAUUCAAUGCUUUUAGCUGAAAUUCAGGAACAGAAAAGUCUUUCAAAGACGUUUGAAAUCAUGGGGAAGAAACUGGAAUCUCAGCUGAGACUCAAAGAGUCUGAGAUCAUAUUUCUUCGAGAAAGUUUGGAUGAAUCAAAUAAGCAAAACAAGUUGCUGGAAAAGAGAUUGAAUCAAAGUGGUCAGUUAUUUGUGCUUGACAAUCUUCACCUUUCGGGCUUAGGUCCUAGCCAUUUUAUGACAGUUCUCCGGCAAACUGUCAAGUCCAUUAGAAGUUUUGUCAAGCUGAUGAUUGACCAAAUGAAGUCUGCUGACUGGGAUAUUAAUUCAGCAGCUAAUUCAAUAGAACGAGCUGUAAUUUAUUGGAAAGCAGAUGACAAAUGUUUUGCAUUCGAGUCCUUCAUUUGCAGGGAAAUGUUCAAGGCCUUCCACCAUCCUUACUUCUUUCUUCUUGGUGACUCUGUGCCUGAGGGAAAGAAACAUCCACAAGUCUUCUUUGAGAGAUUUAUGGAAUUGAAAUCUACGAAAGCUAAGGAGUAUCUAGCCACGAAGCCUAAGUCAACAUUUGCAAAAUUUUGCCGGAUCAAGUACUUGCAAGUUGUUCAUCCUAAGAUGGAAUCAUCCUUUUUUGGCAAUUUGAGCAUUAGAGACAUGGUGAGUUCCUAUCAAUUCCCGGACACCACUUUUUUCACCUUGUUUGCUGACAUGGCGAAGCGGGUUUGGCUCUUGCACUGCUUAGCUUUUUCUUUUGUGCCUGAGGCAUCAAUCUUUCAAAUAAGCAAAGGGUGUAGAUUUUCUGAAGUAUACAUGGAAAGUGUUGCUGAGGAAGCAUUCCUUUCAUCGGAGAUUAAACCGCAAUCAGAACCACGAGUGGCUUUUACGGUUGUUCCUGGAUUCAGGAUUGGUAAAACUAUAAUACAGUGCCAGGUCUAUCUCUCUCAACUCAAAACAAGGUAACUUGUUGAUCCUCUGUUAGUCACAGAGAAUUUGACAGGUACAUUUGGACCCAUAACAUAGUAGAUUAAACUGGAUGGCCAUUCUCUUGAAAUUUUUUGAGUAAAUUAAAUUAGAGAAAUGGCUUUUGCUUGGUUGCCGUGUAUGUUGUGGAAAUUCGAAACAUGGUUGCCUGGGCAAUUUGUCUUAUUGUGUUUGUGGCCUUAAUGAUAAUGAAAGGCUCAUUUACCCUAGUUUAUUUGUAAAGGCAUCUCCCAAUUUUGUUAAUAUUAGGCCAAUGAUGUUCUAGCUGUUUUGCAUUAUUGCCUUAUGUUGAUGCUUUAAUAUGUAUAUAAUUUAUAGGUUUGGAAACUUCAAUAUUCAUUAUCUGUAUGU